AUGACAACUCGCAACAACAACAAGGAAAACCAAGGAGGAGGAAUCAACUGGGCCGCCAUCAUGCAGUCUGAUUGGGACCAUGACAUCAAGCUGAUCGAACAGUUUCAGAAUGGUUCUGUUGUUGCCGACAUCCCUCUCUCGCAAAAGCACUCAGUCGCGGCGAAGAAGACUGAAAAAGAAGAUAGUGGUGAUGAAGGAGAAUUCGAGUUUGGCAAGGAGGAACCAGCUGAUGUGGUCGGCGGUAAGAACUUGAAACCAAGGACGCCAACUGAUUAUGGAUUCAGAGUUGUGCGAUUGACUGACCUUGUGCCUGAUGGCUUUCCCCAAUAUCCAAAUGGAUCACCCAUGUUCCCUCGUGGUGAUGAUUCACCUGUCUAUCCAAACUCGGACUUCAACGAACAUGCCGCGGCUGAUCCAACCAUACGUCGAACCAAUUCCCCACACAAACCCAAAGCGCUGGACUACAAGAAGGAAGAAAACCCGGAGCCCCUCUCUGCCAGGACUUGCGGCUAUUGCUGCCAAGCUCCUUGUUACAUGCUGCAAGACAUGAUGGGUGGAUCCCUCAUGAUGACUGCAGAUAUGAUGAAGGAUGAAGGAUACGACAAUAACAAGAUUCGAAAGGCUCUCUACAGUGAAGCCUCUCGUAUGAUCAAUGGCCGCCUUGGCCCCGGAAAGAGGAUGAAGCUCCCUGUGUGUGUCGAAGGUGAGAUCAAAGAUUGCUACCCUCGAAAGAAGACUGACCCGGAGUACGUGGGCUACAAAGCAAACUAG